UGAAAAAAACGGCUUUCAUUUGACAAAUCAUAAUGCUAAUAUCUAUCGUCUGGUAUUCGUUUUUCUUUAUAACAGUUGUCUCCUCGCUCAAGUAUCCAAAUGAAAUCGUUGACACACCAAUUGUGAUUUGCGAAGAAGACAAAAUUAUAAUCAAGAUAAAAACUUCAAUGUCAAAUCCAUCAAAUAUCUACGUAGAUGGACGGGAAAAUGAUAUGGAAUGUGUGUCAAGGAAUCAGAACAAAAUUGAAGUUGCACAUGAUAAGUGUGGAGUUGUAAAUGAGAAAACGGAACAACCAAAUGGUUCAAUUCGUCGUCUAUGUAUAUUCGUACAACUUCAUCCACUUUUCGUCACUGAAUCUGAUCGUAGUUACUGUGCUCAAUGUGUAUAUGCUGAUUCUCAUGUAAUGAAGGAUAUUGAAUCAACACUGGAUAUAAGUGAAGCUCCGCCUCUUCAACUUUCACCUCAAUUCGAUGCUCCUGUAAUGCCAAAGUGUAAUUAUUCGAUAAGAAAACAAGGAAAAGAUGGUCCACCAGUACAGUAUGCUUCAAUUGGAGACAGUGUAUUCCAUGUUUGGAGUUGUGAUGGAAAUCAUAACGGGAUUCUAGUACAGAAUUGCCAUGUGGAAGAUGGACAGGGAAAUAAGAUUCUUAUUAUUGAUCAAAAUGGAUGUGGAAUUGAUCAUUAUGUUAUGGAUACUCCAAUAUAUAAUGGAGAACAAUCGAUUGCAUUUCAAGAAACUCAUGUGUUCAAAUUUGCUCAAAGAACAGUAACACGUUUUAUCUGUCAAAUCAAGAUUUGUAUGAAAGGGGAUGACUGUAAACGAUUAUCGCCACCUGAAGCAUGUCCGUCUUUAGAAGAACGAUUCAACGAAGAUCCAGACAAAGGAAAAGUAUUUGCAGAUGAGAUCCAUCCUCCAGCUUCAAUGCCUUCUGAUUUGACUGGCCCUAAUGGAGAUACUUCAGUUGAAUUUGUUCGUAGAGCACCAGCCAAGGGAAGCAUUUACUAUGGCGUUGGUUAUAAUCCAAAACGACAUCGACGUGAGAUUCUGAUCAACACUGCUCCACGUUCACCAAAACAAUUUGUAAUGAAAAAUGGAUAUCCAGAAAUGGAAAUGGUCGGAGAAUUAAGAGUUUUCGAGAAUCCACAAGAUGUUGAGUAUUACGAAUCCCAACGAUCCUCCGCUUCAGCUACAUCGUCUGUCUGCGAAUCACAAUCUUCUACAUUGUUCUUCUGUCUUCUUGUUACUGCUCUCGUUGUACUCUCGAUCCUGCUCAUCUCGCUUUUCUUGCUAGUUUCCUCUCGAAUUCGUUCCGGCAAAAACAAUUCAAUGCAUUUCGCACAAUGAUUCUCCAUCUCAUACACUGAGAUCCGACCUAGUCGUGUUGUCUUUUUAUAUUUAUUGCAUUCGGUAUAAAAUUUAUUCAGUUCAAAAUUUUCAAAUAAACACGAAUUUGAU